CGUGCGCGCAGAUGUCUCGUGUCUCUCUACUCGCGAUCGCCCCCUAAUGGGAAAAUGAGGCCAAGCAUUUUACAGCUCUCCGCUAGCCUGUGCGAAGCGCUGCGGGGCGAGGAAACCGAGAUGGUGGAAGUUCUCCUGAAAAGGGGCGCAGACCCUAACCUGGUUCUGCCCGAGGGGAUUGCUGCUGUCCACUUGGCUGCCGGCAUGGAGCAGGAGAGCGGGGUUCGGUGUCUCGGCCUCAUCCUGCAGUAUGGCGGGGACCCCAAUGUCAGGUCCAUGGACGAGCUGACCCCCUUGCACGUCGCAGCUUCUUGGGGGUGCUGUACCUGCUUAAAGCUCCUGCUGAUGGAAGGGGGAGACCCCAGUCUGGAAGACCAGGAUGGGAACAGAGCCAUCGAUCUCGCCAUGGAGCAAGGGAACGAAAUGUGUGUCCAUAUUCUCCAGCAGUUCCCGGGAGAUUCAAGACAGGAGCAGAGCCCCUGGAUGUCCUACAGACAAAGGGAGAGCUACCUCUCCACGGACACUGAACACUUCUCCGAAUUUGGCAGUUGGCUGUCUGAAGAUGAGACCUUGGACAGCAGGUUCAACAACACCCUGAAAGAGAGUUUGGAAGAUGCGGGACCAGGCAGCUCCGUGCAUUACCUUGUUGCAGCUGCUCCGACUGGCCAUCCAAGGAACUGUGACCCAGAAGAUGAAGCGUGUCGCUUUGGGGAUUGUCCGUCUACCUCAUGGCUGACUGAGGAUUCUCAGCAACAUGGUGCAUUUCACAGUUGCUGCGAUCCGCACGCUCGGUUGGCGGCCUCGUCUAGCACUUUGCUCUCGUGUAGCAACAUGCCAAGAAACCAAGCCCCGAGUCUGUCUACAGUACGGGUUCCUGAUGUCAACUCUCCAUGCCCCAAAUUGGAACUGCCAGUUGGGAUGCCCCAGGAUCCCUGCUUCAAAAAUACCACAGACAAAGGGCAGCAGUCGUCUCCGGAUUUAGCAGCUUUUCAAGAUAGCAUCUCUCCUAACUCUUCAGUCGAUUCGCAUUCAGGGACUCCUAAAUCGAGCCCAGAAGUCUUGACAGCUAUGGGAUCCUGGGGAAAUCUCCAGGCCUCUCCCAUUUGUGCAAUUCAGGAUGAAUGUGAAGCGGAUGUCCUCGACACACAGGACGCUGAUGCCACCGUCAACCUUUCUCAGUACAAGAGCUUUCUUGAUCCGGAUCUCGUGGUGAAGAUCACUGGCCAGGAAGGGCUGGAUGUCACCUCACCAGAUCACAACUACCUUUUCUGCCAGUUAAAUUCCACGGCCACGCUGGACUUGGAAAAGACUGUGGUUGACCCGGCAUUUCUGACCAGAGCGUGUGGGAAAUGGGACGGAUGCCAAGGGGAGGGGAAGUCUUUCAGCGAGAGCUCAGACGAUGGCAGCAGCAACCAGUAUGCCUCAUGCGACAGCGAAUAUCUCGAGAGCUCCUUAAAAGCGCCAUUCUGCGACAAGGUUCAGAAAUACGAGGAGGGGAAAGCAGGCCUUGCCGGUUCUCCGGGCAGCUUGGAUAAUGUACAAAGAAAUUGUUUGUCAUCCCAUGCUUCCCAGGACCCACAUUCCAGUGCAUCCAUGUGCUGUUCAGGAGAGCAUGCGGACACACCAUCAGUACCAGUGGCUGGCAGAGACGUGGCCUCUCCCACCAAAUCCGAGGGCACGAGGCACUCGCGUGACAGAUCUCAUUUUAGAGAGACAUUUCCCAAGAUAUGUGCUGGAAAGAGAUCUUUGGAUCCUCAGAACACUGGACAGAGUGAGUGUAUGGAGAACAUCAGGGAGCCGAGUCUUUCCCAAAUGUCCCAGAGUGACCUUCUUGUCAAGGAUCCUACAGAGAACUGGGACUUUUGCACACUGCCGUUGAGGAAAUCACAGCAUCUGAGUGUUCCCAAAGACCCUGGGAAAGAGGACACCGCUCCUGUGGAGGCUUUGGCAGCUGUGACCGGGAAACAAAACACUAUUGCUAAAAAGCAAAGGGGAUCAAACAGAGCCACCUCUGCUGAAGCAUCGGUCGAGUUGAAUGGGGACCGAGGGAGAAGGCCCAUGGGGACCGAGGGAGAAGGUCUCUCUCAGAGCACCCAGAAUGUGGCGGAAAGAGGAGGGGAUUCAUGGGCCAAAGACACAGUGCUUAUCCAGAGGGGAACAGAAGAGACGCAGCCUUUACCAGUUGGCGAGAGCUCCGCCAUGCCUGCAGAGGGCACAGUGGCUGUCCCGCACCCCACUCUGAACAUUGGAGAGAACGAGACCCCAGAACUGAACAUGAGGCUGAGGACCAUGAUGCUUGCAACCAAGGCCUCCCACUCGCCAUUGCUCCCGCAAGACCAACGACCCUGCCACAUUACACCCCGCUCCAAAAGCCGCAUGGCUGCCUCUGCGGACCACACCAGCAGCAGCGCCUCCCUCUUCGAUGAAACCCUGGAGAUGCCGAGGCGCCCCAGGAGAGUGAGAAGUCCCGACAGGAUGCCGCCGACGGCCAGCGAAGCAAGGAAGCAGGAUGGAGGCCUGAGUAGCGAGAGCUCAUCUUGCCGGGUGGAAGAUGAAGCCAGUAAUCUGGAGGACACUGUGUUAAUUGCAGGUAGCCCCUGGAGCUGCCAGCAGGCCAGCGGGCAGCCGCUUCGUCCUUCAGGGGCACCAACAAACUCUGGGAGAAAAAUCACAAAUGGUACCAGGCCCAGCACAGAUGGAGAUGUAAAACUUGGAGUCAAUUGCUGUGCAAGCUUAGAGGUGAAGCCUCCCUUAAUGGCGAGCUCAUGGCUACCGAAGGAAGAAGAGGAGGAAGGCACAGCCCAAGAAGGGGUUGACCCUGUGGCUUCUUGUGUGGACCUUGGGAAAUCGUGUGAGCCGCAUAGCGGCUCCCAAAGGCUGCCCAGUCGGUUGAGGGUUAGUUUCAGCCGACUUUCCUCCAGAGGUCCGUCGGGCAUGCUGGGACGCAUCAGCCCUCUGCCUGAAAGACUGAGCCCCAGUCCUGACUCCUGCAACCUAGACGUCCCGCUGUCACCCGGAGGCCGACCUGUGAAUCUUAGCGCCAGGGAACCCGUGGAGUACCUCUAUAUGGAUGAAGACGAAGGGCACGCUCUCGUUGAGCUGCACGUUCCAAGCACGGACCAUUCGGUGGCCAACACUACGAGUUCUGAAGACACUAUUAUCUACGACUGGCGGGCGUACACUAAGAGCCAAACGGCAGGGGAGUCGGACAAGGAGAACAGUCCCCUGCGGGCUCUCCCGGAUCUGGACUGCCUCUCCGAUGAGGCUCUGGUCAGGAAGCUGCGAGACUUUGGUGUCAGUCCAGGGCCUGUGACAGGGCUCACCCGGAAGGUUUAUGUGCAGCUGUUGGAGAAGCUGAUGAGUGACCCGAAAAGCAAGGCCCGGAAGGGUUCCACAGGGUACAGCCUGGAGCUUUCUGCUGCCCUGGAAAUGUAUCAAAUCCCAGAUGGCAAAGAUGAUGAGAUGACUCUGUCCCGGCAGUUUGACCAGCCGGACAAGAGCCGGAAGUGGCGGGAGGGGGUGCUCAAGUCCAGCUUCAAUUACCUGCUGUUGGAUCCCAGGGUCACUCAGAACUUGCCCUUCCGCUCGCAGUACGUGAGCCAGGCAGAAUGCUUCCGGACGUUCAUCAGCGCCAUCUUCUAUGUGGGGAAGGGGAAGCGGUCCAGGCCUUAUUGUCACCUCUACGAAGCCUUGACACACCACAAGAAGAGCCGAAGAAAGCAAGGGGCCAAGGCAUGCCCCAAAGUCCAGCACAUUUUGGAUAUCUGGGAGAGCGGAGAAGGUGUCAUUUCCAUGCACUGUUUCCAGAACGUCAUCCCCGUGGAGGCCUACACACGAGAGGCCAGUAUGGUGGACGCCAUUGGCCUGAAGAUGCUGACCAAUCAGAAGAGGGGGAACUACUACGGCGUUGUGGCGGGCUGGCCCAUGAAGCGGCGCCGGCAGUUGGGCAUCUACCUCUUGCACAGGGCCAUGCAGAUCUUCCUGGCCGAGGGGGAGCGGCAGCUGCGUCCCCCAGACAUCCGCACGGGCCAGUGACGGGCUGG